AUGACGCAUAAAUUGCCGCAUCCAUCACCUUAUAAUGACUUAACCGCCUCAAUGCAUGGCAUUCCAAGUGAAAUGGUUACGGUCUCAUUUCUAAAACAAAAACCAAAUCUGUUUCAACGGAUAAUCGACUCCUUCAAACCUGCACCACCAUCUAAAAAUGUUUCCAUCGAAAUGAAUGAUUCAGAAGGAGGAAAAAAUUCGGAUGAUAAUGUUAAGAAAGACGAAACUGGCUUGCAUCGAUCAUUAAAAAAUCGACAUUUGCAGAUGAUUGCCAUAGGGGGUGCCAUUGGCACUGGUCUCUUUGUUGGCUCUGGUUCUGCUCUUGCAAUCGGUGGACCUGGUGCACUCAUCCUUGAUUUUAUUAUUAUUGGAUUCAUGCUUUUCAAUGUAUGUAUGGCACUUGGAGAACUCUGUGUCGUCUUUCCUGUUUCUGGUUCGUUCAUCAUUCAUGGUUCUCGCUUUCUCGAUCCUGCAUGGGGCUUUGCUAUGGGAUGGAAUUACGCUUUGCACAGGUUGAUUGUGGUACCACUUGAGCUGACAGUCGCUGGCAUUGUCAUUAACUAUUGGUCAACGUCUGUCAAUAUUGCUGUGUGGAUCACUAUUUUUCUGAUUGCCCUUCUCAUUAUCAAUCUCUUUGGUGUUCGUGGUUAUGGUGAAAUUGAAUUUUAUAUGUCUAUCAUCAAAGUGAUCGCUGUUCUCGGUUUCAUCAUUCUUGGUAUUGUCCUUGUUGUAGGAGGUGGUCCAAAUCAUCAGUAUUUAGGUGGAAAGUAUUGGCAUGAUCCAGGUUCAUUUGCCAAUGGAUUCAAAGGUGUGUGCUCCGUUUUUGUCACUGCUGCUUUUGCCUUUGCAGGCACAGAAUUAGUCGGAUUAGUAGCUGCAGAAACAGAGAAUCCACGAAAAACGAUUCCUCGUGCUACAAAACAAGUCUUUUGGAGAAUAACAAUUUUUUACGUUGUUUCAUUGAUAUUGAUUGGUUGUCUGGUGCCCUACACAACUCCGCGCCUUCUGACUGGAUCAUCAAGCUAUGACGCGUCUGCAUCGCCUUUCGUGAUUGCCAUUGAAAAUGCAGGCAUCAAAGUGUUACCUUCGAUAUUCAACGCCGUGAUUCUCUGUGCCGUUCUUUCAGUAGGUAAUUCAUCUGUGUAUGGAGCAUCGCGAACACUUUGUGCCCUUGCUGAAAUUGAUCAAGCACCGAAGAUACUAACUUAUAUCGAUCGGAAAGGUCGUCCACUCUCUGCUGUCGUCUUGUCAAUAAUUGUAGGAUUUAUUGCCUAUAUUAACUGUGCAAAAGUUGGUACGCAAGUCUUCCACUGGUUGCUUGCUCUCUCUGGUUUAUCAAGCUUUUUCACUUGGGGUUCUAUAUGUGCAUGUCACAUUAUGUUUCGAUUGGCAUGGAAAGCACAAGGUCACACUUUGGAUGAACUUGCUUUUGUAGCACCUUUUGGUAUAGCGGGAAGCUGUUGUGGUUUACUGCUCAACAUUUUAUGUCUGAUUGCUCAGUUCUAUAUAGCUGUGUCUCCUAUCAAAGGUUCUGGAAGUGCUGAAUCAUUCUUUGAAGCCUAUCUUGCUGCUCCGAUUGUGGUUAUCUUCUAUAUCGUAUGGAAAAUAUGGAAGAAAACACCAUUCAUGUGGCCGAGUACGAUCGAUCUCGAAACUGGAAGACGUAUACUCGAUGUACAACAACUAAUUGAUGAAGAAAAAGCGGAACGGAAGACCUGGUCUGUAUGGAAAAAGAUGUAUUUUGAGUGUUGCUGA